GUCCGCCGGGGCCGGGCGGCGGCGGCGGCUGCGCAGUGCUUGGGGCGCCAUGAACGGGGAGAGGCUGAGCGCCGUGCGGGCACGGGUCCGCUGCUUCCCCGACUUCCCGGUGCCCGGCGUGCUGUUCCGCGACAUCAGCCCCUUGCUGAAGGAUCCUGUGGCCUUCAGGGCUCUGAUUGAUCUGCUGGAAGAUCACCUGAGGGCGUCUUUCCCCCACAUCGACUUCAUUGCAGGUCUGGACUCCCGCGGCUUCCUCAUAGGCCCCCCUCUGGCUCAGAGACUGGGGGUCGGCUUCGUGCCGAUACGCAAAAAGGGGAAGCUUCCCGGUCCGACCGAGUCCGCCUCGUACACCCUGGAGUAUGGCAAGGCUGAACUUGAAAUCCAGAGCGACGCCGUGGAACCGGGACAAAAAGUAGUAAUUGUAGAUGACUUGCUUGCAACUGGAGGUACGAUGCACGCGGCCUGCGAGCUGGUGAAGAGGCUGAAGGCUGAAGUCCUGGAGUGCCUGGUGAUCAUAGAGCUAAAACUCCUGAAAGGGGCGGAAAAGCUCGAGUCCAUCCCCUUCUACUCCCUGCUCCAGUACGACUGAGGCUCAGGCUGCGGACAGAGGCUGCAGGUCGCUCGCUGCCAGCCCCGGCCCUCUCCUGCAUUGGAGAUGUCACUGGCUUGAUGUCACGAGGGGGUGGGCAGGGGAGAACCUACAGUUUCAGUCUGAAUGCUGGCCAGACGCUCUACAAGAGUAAGUCCAAGUCAUUUUUCCAAGCCGCAGAUCAAAGCAUAUUCAGCGCAUGGAUCCUUUUUUGAGUUCGUCCUGGUGGGAAUAGGGAACAGACUGAUUGCUUGGGGGAGGGAGACCACAAAACUUUGCUGGUGGAUUUUUUUAUUUUUAUUUUUUAGGAUACCAACGUGAAAAUGUUGCUGCUGAGGCAGGGCAGGGCUGAGAGCUUUGUGGGGUCCAGCACGCGCUUUUGUUUGAGCCGUACCUGGCCAGCCUCCUUUUAAUGGGUUCCUAAGAAACUCAGAAGAUGGGCACAAGGUGAUGAUUUGUCUAAGGGGUGAACUGAGGUACCUGCCACCGGAGGAGAAAGAGUUGUGCUAACAGCCAAGCUGCCAAAGCACCAGCUGAGGCAGUGUGAUGGACGGAGCAGGGUUUGGCAGAGCUCCCCUUUGCAUGGUUCAGGUCAGCCACAAGGGCAGGCAGGACUCCGCAUGCCAAAACUUCCGCCACUGAGCACAGUACAGACUGCAUCCCUGCCUUAGCAGGGGCUGAACUCACUGAUAAAAUAAAUGUCGACCUAUUUUUAUUUUUUC